UUUCUUACACACACACACACACACACGCACGCUCUUCAAGCCGGUGCUGUAGAACAGGAUCUAUCCUCACUUGUUCGUUAUUAGACGAAUGAACGCCGUUCUGUAUAUCCUUUCAUUUCAGUUCAAUUUUUAAAAAAAUAUUUUUUUUUGCACGGAAUAAAAGAGAUUAUGUCCAGACAGCUCACAAUGAAUCCAGCUUUCCUACCUCCGCAAACUAACGGCGUUUUGAAGGCGCUCCUGGAAAAACCUCUGAAACUACCUUUGCACCAAGACGAAGGCUACGUGAAGGAUAGAGAGAGGGUGAAAAAGUUGGAGGAAGAAGGAAACGCUCCUCAAUCAGCUUUCUUAGGGCCAACGCUUUGGGAUAAAACGUUGUCUUAUGAUGGAGACAGCUUUCAGCUGGAGUAUAUGGACCUUGAGGAGUUUCUCUCCGAAAAUGGCAUCCCCUCUAGUCCUGCACAACACGACCAAAGCCUCCACCAGCACCACCAGCAGCAGCAGCAGCAGCAGCCGCAGGCUUCCGUGCCUCAGGGCCCCAUCUCAGUCAUGGACCUCAGCAGCCGGGCCAUCACCUCCAUCCACACGGGCAUGGUUUCUCAGAACUGCCUCCACAGCCCGGGCAGACCAGUUUUGCCUCCGUCACGCAACACACCAAGUCCAGUAGACCCAGAGGCCAUUCAGAUACCAGUGAGCUACGACCCCGAUCCAGCAGACCUCGCUCUGUCCAGCGUUCCAGGCCAGGAGGUUUUCGACCCACGCAAACGCAAGUUCUCCGAAGAGGAGCUGAAACCUCAGCCUAUGAUCAAGAAAGCACGCAAAAUCUUCAUUCCCGAUGAUAUGAAGCAGGAUGAAAAAUACUGGGCACGGCGCAGAAAGAACAACAUGGCCGCCAAGAGGUCACGGGACGCCCGGCGCCUAAAGGAAAAUCAGAUUGCCAUCCGGGCCGGUUUCCUGGAGAAAGAGAAUGCGGCUCUCCGACAGGAAGUUUCCGAACUACGAAGAGAGCUGGGGCGGUGUAAAAACGUCUUAACCAAGUAUGAAGCUCAACACGGCCCUCUGUGAGACCGCCCGGGUGCUCCUUAACUUCCCUUCUGAUUCGAAGGACAAUAUUCUUGGGUUAAAUCGAGCUGGGCCUGUUUUCCAGCCAGCCCUCACCUCAGUCUGUUCUCGGCACCUUAGAAGGCAGAAACGUUUCAUUGUGUGGUUACUUUCAGACGUCUUUUAGAGAUCUACCCACUCUCUUUCUCUGUUUUUUAUCGCAAACGAAGCCGCCGUUGUGCAGAUCGUGUUACUUAUGAUUUCGCUGUGCCGUAGCAUUUGUCCUGCAGACGUUUGCCUUGAUCUGUCGUAAUCCGAGCCGGUGGAUCUUCUGCCGUUCCUCUGCAGACACCCAUAGCUUGUGUGUGCGAGAGGAGUGCGUGUGCGUAGCUGCUUCAGACGCUUAAAGGUUGUGUGUCUCCGUAAAGACAUUAUUCUCACAGACAGAACAGAAUGUAGCAAGGUUUGAGAGUUUGAAUUCAUAAAAUAACCGUAAAUGCUAAAUAUCUGUAUAUCCCGAAUUAGAAAACAGACAAUCAGUUUGCUUUUGAAAUGAGGACGCCGGGUGAUGAAAUCUGUGCCACAUGGCGCUUUAUUGAAAUUGGCUUUAUUUUGUAUGGCGUGUGUAGUUAACGGCUUUCAUUUUAGUGGGUAGGGCAGAUAAACUGUAUGUUUACGCUGAUUUGAAAAGUCACAACCGAACCUUUUGAAAUCCCGAGAAGGUCGUUUAGUUCAGAUAGAAACGCCUGCUGCAAUAAUUCCAUCAGAUUCAGCGCAGAGUGUCUUCGUUAGCUUUUGAGUUCAAGAUGCGAUAUUGAACAAGGUCUCAAUGCCCUUUUUUUGCUAACACAAAGAGUAUUUAGAGUCUAUUGAAACAGAUAAUGUUGCCUUUUGUCGGUCAGUUGUGCAAUGAAUGUAGUACGGUGUAUUUUAUGUCUGUCGCUCUUUACUACAGACCAAAUGAUAUGAAACACAAUAAGGUUGUCAUAUUGCAAUUAAAUGUUUUUACAAAGUUAUUCUUGUUUUUGUACAGUAUUUUCAUAUGGAUUUCUGAAUAUAUCUAUGUAAUUUGAUGUAAACUGUAUAUUUAUAGGCGACAAACUUUAUUGAAAAAGUUCUAAAUUCUGCAGUUGACUGUAUAUGGGCAUUAAUACAGUACAUUUAGUACCGCAAACUUUACAUUGCGAUUGUAAUUUCUUUACCUAUUCUUAUACAGGCACUUUAGUAUUAUGUGCAUCAAUAUCAAAACUUUUUUCAUGGUUACUUUUUCUUUUGUUGUUAAAUUAUACUGUCAAUACCUUUCAUGUCUUGGUUAUGACGUACCUUCAUGAAAUUUGGUAUUAUUUGCCAAACUUGGUAAAAGAGCACUAUUCUUGGCCACAUAGAAUGUUGUCGAUCAUUGUAUAUUUCAACAAACAAGAUGUCUUUUAUAUUAAAUAUAUUACAUUACAGCAUGUUUAAAUUGUAAAAUUCUUUCUUCAGAUGAUUAUUUGACUUCAGUUUGUAAUAUGUCGUCUGUUGUGGUCCUUUUUGGUUCCCUUUUCUUGUUUCAUUGCUCCUGAUGAAAAUAAAAAGCUUUUGAAAAGCUAAAAAA